GAUCAAUCCUUUUACGGUUCACGCCAGCAUUUUUAAACAUCAGGAACGCCCCUUUUUUUAAAAAACAGCCGUUGAACUGCAUAUUUGUUCUUAAUUUUGUCUGUUUAUUUAUAUUGUUUAGGAUCUGUUAAUGUGUUAAAACCUGUUUUCAACACAGAAUAGUAUAUUCGAGGUCUGCUCUGCGAUGCGAAUUCCCGGAAUUAGACGGGGCCUCGUCCCAAUCGCCUUGCAGUGUAAUUUAGCCAACUGUGCUCGGGAUUAGCUCCCUAAUGUUUAACAGUGUGAAGUGGAUUUGAGAGAUUUGAAGUGAAUGUGAAAACGGGUACACGUAGCUCACGCACAGUUUUACACACAGCUUCCUCCAGCCGCUUCUACGGAUGAGGAUAAAUCGUUUCCAUGACGCUCGACGUGCCUUUGGCUUCACACACUUAUUUACUGUAAAAACUUAGACGAAUACACAAUGCAUCCAAAGCGAUGGCGUUUCAACUCAAAACAAAUGUGCAAAAUGUAAAUUCAAACUGGCGGACAACCUUAUAGGUGUGUAGAGCUUCAUGUUAAUGAUAUAAAGUAGAUUUUUUAUAAAAAUAUUAGAUGCUACAUUGUCUGUUUCCCAUUUAACUACGUGGAAAAUACAUCAAAAGGGCAUUAAAACACUUAAAAUGUAUAUUUAUAGGUGUAGUGGCCAUAUAAGUGUGUUUAGAAUGAAUAUUGCAGAUGCAUAUUGUUUACCCUAUUAGUGAAGGCUACACACUAAAAAUAAGAUAUCAACCUUUCAACAAUAUACAACACUUGGGCAGAUAAAUGAGAGGAGCAUUUGUCAGGAAAGUGAAAAUGCAGACAUUCUAGUUGAAUUAAGAUUUUGAUCAUGUUCAUUUCAAAUUGAAAUAGUUUUCAGAUUUUUAUUCAUUUAGGCCAACAAUUCAGGAAGUAAGAAUGUUUUUAUCAGUUUAGCGGGAAAAUGUUUUUUAAUAAGAAAAAACAUUGUGUUGGAAUGGAAACGCAAAAGUGCUUGCUUAAAAUCGAAUCAUAACCCUAAUUCAAACAAACAUAUUUCAUGCAUCUUCCUCCAUUUUCAUACUUAACACCCAACCUUCCUUUUAUAACUCUCUGGUAUAACUUUCCAGACGUAGAUACUCACUCCACACUCCAGUGUUUCCUUGGCACUUACUACAUUUUACACUAGUGGUCUAACCUGUAGGAUUAUAAAAUAUUUUGUUGUGACUGACUAUGACAUGCAGUUCUACAUGCUUAACUUGCAAACGUGUCACUUGUUUUCAGUGUUAUGCUGAGGUUUCAUGUGUCCACAAGCGGCUGGGUGACAUUUAAGCAACACCUUGUUUCACACAAUAAAGCCACAUGCCUCAAGCAAUUUCUGAUAAAGAAUACAUGUAUGUUAAUACCAAAAUACACUCUCUUGAAUGUUGGAAAACAUAUAAUUUCUCCCAACCCAUACCCAUUCCUUUCAGAUUCCGGUUCAUGCCCACAUGAUUGCAUUACACAGCUGUUACACAUUCCUGCUGUCAAUCUCCCAUUCUGCAACACACCAAAGAUGGAUGGAGACAAAGGAGAGACGAUAACAGAAACCUCAAAACCUUCCAAAAAUGAAUUGGAGAAACCUGUAAAUGACAACAAAUUCAGGGGCAGAGGGUUCAAAGGUCGUGGUCGAGGGGGAUGGAUGAAUCGUGGUGGCAUGCGUGGUGGGCGAGGCAUGAUGAAGGGAUUUGGUCCACCAGGAGCAGGGAGGGGUGGAAGGAAGGAUGGAGCCAUGAAUGGAUUUGCACCCAGGAGAGGAAUGGGGCGGAUGCAUCCUUACCCAGACCUUAGAGGUCAUCGAGGUCAGGGAGGACCAAUGUGUAUGGGUCCUCCUCUUCCCCUUCCCCCUCCCCCACUGCCCCCAAUGCACCACAGAGGCACAUUCCCACCCAUGACCAGGCAUGGACCCCUUCCACCACCUCCUCCGGGUCAUCCUGCUUUCAGAGGUCGGCCACAUCACCCUCGAGGACGUGGUUUGCCACCUCCUGGACCUCUGCACUACUUCCACCCCCAUGGCCCGAGAGGCUACCACAAUGGACCAGUCGCUCCUCCACCUCACCCCCCACCUGGCAGAGGCCAGAGGUGGCCAGGGCCCCCUGGUGGCCGACGCUUUUAACACAGCCUGCCCUAAAAACAAUAACUGAGCAUUUGUUAAUGGGGCCUAAAGUGGUGCAAUGAAUGAAAUACCCCUGAUUUAUGUGUUAUACAAAGUCUGAGUGUCUUUAUGACAUACUCUUUAGCCAAUUGUCUCAUUAUUGAUAUUAUCUACUGGCAAGGAAAGAAAAAUGUGAAAUGCCGAGUAGAUACACAGACGGAUAAAAUGCCUCAGAAUGUAAUGUAAAGACAUUUUGUUACCUAUACCUGUCCAUACUGUAGGUAAUUUGUUCUCAAAGACAUUAAGAAAAAUGUUCCGUGGAUUUCUCCGUGAGCCUUAAGAAAAUGUCCACAUUCUUAAUUUUGAAUAACAAUGGGUGACAAUGUUUAUUUAAAGGUGGGGGGAAAUUAAUGAGAGAAUGCACAACAGCCCUCAAGCUUCACUGUUAACUAGUUUAGUACAACUCGGACCUCCCUAACCUUUUCCUGAUGUUACAUGGAAAUACUGUAGUUCUGUUUUACAACCUCACCAAGCAGUGCAGCGAAUAUUGUUCCACACUUAAAUAUUUUCAAGUUAUUAGAGAAUAUUCCACUUGUGACAUAUUCAUGAGUAUUUAAUUUUAUACUGUUAAUGUGCAGCUCCUUUAAGUUAUGAGUAAUGCUGUUUGAAACAUUCUUGUUUGUCUCCUGCAGUAUAAUGUGUAAUGACAAAAAGGAGAAGGCAUUAUAAAUGAAUAUUAUACUGAAAUAUAUAUCUAAUAGAUUUUAUAAAUGAAAGUAAAGUAUUUGCUUUUAGUUAAGAAUAACAAACUAGUCCUUACUCUGUUUAGUGUUUUGAAAUGUCAAUACGUUACUCACUGUAAUUAACAUAACUUUUGUGAAACUGUGAAUGUGUUUUGGGAACUAUCAAUUUAUGACAUAGUCAUGAAGAAAAAAAUAAAACAGAAAAAAAUAAACUCAGCUUCUCUUUUUUGUUUGUUCACAAACAAGUCAGAGUUGUCAUUAUAUGUAAUAUCUGAAAAAUAAUGUUGUUUUUAGUUGCACAGUAACUGUGUUUCGUAAUUUAAAGUCAACAUUUGAUCCAUGUGAAUCGGAAUCAGAAAUACUUCAUUGAUCCCCUGUGGGGGGAAAUUGCUAAUAAAGUGAUAAGAACACUUGAUGAGAUGAGCAUAAAGAUCAAUGCAAAUAUAGUUAUAACUAUAUUGAAUUGUUUGGAUGAGUGUGGAGGCCCAAGAGCCCUUAAUGAACACCAGUGGAUCCGAUCAUUUCUGUAGGAUUGCUGAGGGCCGAAAGAGAAUAGAUUUAAUUUAAUUUAUUCCGAGAAGUGUGUUACCAUACAUGUAUGCUGCUAUGUCAAUCUGACCAGAGGACUCAGAACUACUUUGCUUGGGAGGCAUUGAACUGUCUGACUGAACAUAGUUUCACAGUCCAAAUUCAGUGGUAGCAUGUCUAAAAGGAGGCCAUCAUCUGCAAAGGAUAAUCACUCUGAUAUGACCAAGGACUGACCUAUUGUCUUACUCUUUAUAUGACAUUACCAGUCAUUUUAACUAGAUUUCAGAGGGGACCCAAGCAAUAAUUAUACAGGAUAUACAAGUGUGCGCAAAGAUUUCCUUUGCAUGUGGCUGUCAUCAAUAAUUUAAAAAGGAAAGCUAGAUUAAUUCUUAUUUCUUUACAAUGAAAUGAAGAAAAUACACAAACUAGGAUUUGAUAUUCAGGAAGAUGAAAUGAGCCACACCAGUGCUGGGCGGUAUACCGGUUCAUACUGAAAAUCAGUAUGUAUUAAUUUUAUAAUAUACAUUUUUUGUAUACUGUAAGACUGCUAUCUGAAAAAUGACCGAUACACACCGAUCAAAAACACACCCAUACACACAACUCCGCCACUCCCUCUCGCUUGCUGGAGCACUCACUCAAGCUCAUGCAUAACAAAUAACCAGUGAAUACAGUGAAACCAUUGCAAUUAUGAAAAGUACAAAGAUAUACCGGCCAACACUUGCCACGCAUAUGCUGCAGACGACAAAAUUGGGGCUUUCCAUAAAUGAGCCACAGACAGAUGUUGCACUCUCCCUCCUCUGUCUGUCCUUUUCCAUCUUUCCAGCACUUUGAGCACAUUUUGCCACCUCUUCAGACUCUGCAGUCCCUUCUCCUUUUCUCCCUUUGGUUGAUUGUAACAGACCGACUGUUGUUGUCUCCUGAAGGGGGCACACAGUACAGUUAACCUCCCAGGCCCCAGGACGCCAGGCCCACAUGUCUCCCCUCCUUGAACAGUGGUGUGACACCUGAGGUCCAGCACUUCAUUUUGGAAAGGUGAGCUUCCUCUUGUGCCUUGAUCCCUAAACCCAUCUUUCUCUGAUGCUUGGGGAGUUUCUCUUGGAGAUUUUCUCUUUCAGGGUGGAAGUACCAAGUUGUACCCAAGUAGAUAAGACAUUUAAGAACUUUAAUUUGGAAAGAGUUGGGGCUUAUUUUACACAAGAUGCUGUGAAACCAAUGUGACAAUAGCCAAUACACCUUAUGGUUAUUUACUGAAGAGACCAUGUGGGGAUACAUGCAUGAAAAGUCAGUUUCUAAAGAGCUUGAUUUUUAAUUUAUAACAGCCAAUUCAAUUGCACACUUAACCCAAAGGUAGGGUCUUUUUAACAUAAAUCAUGCAUGGGUAGAAAAUGAUGACGGCUAGAUUACAUUUAUAAUCAAACACAAUCCCCAGCAUAUGAUUUCUGAGGAAAAACUUGAAAUAUUGACACCGUAGCAAAACAAUAAGUUGACCUAUUUAAUCAUUAAUGUCUACGGUCUCAAGUGACAGCUCAGUUUAAUGCAAGAAUGGAGCGGGGCGAGGCCUCAACAUUCUAAAGUAAAGAGGAAUAAUAUAUUUUAUAAUUUCGUUAUGUCAGACAGGAUGAGCCACCAGUCGCUCACAAAGAACAUGGCAUGUUGUUGUGACUGUUUAAUGAAGAUAAUGUUGAAUCCAAUUGAUAUUGUUUAAACUCUUGAAUGAUCAUUAAAUACAUACAAAAAUAA